UUUGGUAGUACUAGCUUUAAUUUGCCGAACAGAAAGAGAGAUCGAAAAAAAAAACGGUCGACAUAUACACAACGCAUACGGAACCAAAUUCAAAAAAACCAUCAUCAUCAUCGUCACCAUCAACGUUACACAUAUCCAUGUGAGGGGUGCUCUCUCAUACACAAUACCGAAUUCCAAAAUGAAACGAUACACAAAAAAAUUAUACAGGCAACAACAACUUCCAAACAAUGGGCAUCAACGUUGUGUACGAUCAACAUCCACCGUAAUGACACCGCAUGUGUAUCGUGUGUAUGGCAAAGCAUACGGUUGUCUCUUUUCAAUUGUUUAUAGACUCUCGUACAUUCCCGCUUGCACGCAACACACAUACAUCCAUGCAACCACAUAAAUACGUAUGUGCGGCAACACAAAACCGACAAAACAUACUCGACAAGGGAAUCAUUCAAACAAAAUUCCUUCCAGUCGUAUUUCGAACGAUGAAGAACGUAGACCGAAACAAUUCAUUGUUGCAUUUGGCGUAUUGUUGAUAGUAAAAUUACGCCAAGUUCUUUAUUCUUUCUACAAUCUUUUCAUUCAAUUCAGUUUGUUUGUGUUUUUUUUUUCAUUUUCUGUUCCAAUUAAUUUCGACGACAAAAAUUCGGCAUUUCAUUUUUUUUAUAUUGUGAUGCACAGUGAAAUGCAUUCAAUUUGAGCAUUUUUGUUUGUCUGUCAAUUUCGUUCAUAUAAUUGUAUAAAUGCAGAUGUUGUUAAAAGUUGUUUUUCGUCGUCUCUUUCUAUGCCAUUCGAACUGAGUGCUGUGUGUUAAACCUGCACACAACAGAACGAAUUGAAGUGAACAGAAAAAAAACCGACCAUUCAUUGGAAAUUUGACAGUUCAUUCGCAGCCAAAGCAAAGAGAGAAAGAGAACGAACACUAAAAACAUUGUCCGUUGUACAUUAUUGGAAUGAAUGUUGUGCUCAACGCGUAAAGAGAGAUAAGCACAAAAAGUGAGGUUAGAAAGUAAAUAUUUUGAGUCUUUUAUUGUCAACAUAAACAAAAAGAAAGAAUUUUAGACAUUUCGGACGUGUGCAUAAAAGUCACAAGAAAAUGCAAUUAAAUGCACUUAACUAAUUGAGAAACAUGUAUCCGAAAAUCAAUGGCCGAUGUGGACGAAGACAGCUAAAUAUGAUUUGUGAUUGAUUAUUUUCGUGAUGGUGAAAGAAACAUAAAAAAAAUUGAGUUGUUUAUUCGUACUUGUUGUGUGCUUUGUAUUACAUCAAACGAGAGAGGAAGACAGAGUGUGAGACGCUGAGAGUUACUUUGAGAGUUUUCUUUUGGGGAAAAAAAUAAUCGUGUAUUAAAAUACACAUUAGAUAAAAAUGCCACAUCAGUAUGGUUUGCCGGGAUUCGCACAAUUACCACCGAGCCCACCAUCACAGGCUUUACUGCCCCGGAUUGGCGGCGGAGCCGUGGUACCGGGUCCCGCUGGAAGCGGAUCGAUGACAAACACAAAUUCCAACUCAAUCUUCAGAUUACAAGAAGACACGAGAUUAACACGAGAAGCUAUGGAACGAUAUAUGCGAGACCGUAACGAUAAAGUCAUAGUUAUUUUACAUGCAAAGGUGGCACAAAAAUCCUAUGGAAACGAAAAACGCUUUUUCUGCCCGCCGCCGUGCAUUUAUUUGUUCGGCAAUGGUUGGCGCCAUCGACAAGAGGAGAUGAUUCGAAAUGGUGAAACGGAGCAAGGAUCUCAACUGUGCGCAUUCAUUGGUAUUGGUAAUUCCGAUCAGGAUAUGCAACAAUUGGAUUUAAAUAAUGGCAAACAGUAUUGUGCAGCGAAAACAUUAUUCAUAUCCGAUUCGGAUAAGCGAAAACAUUUUAUGCUAUCGGUGAAAAUGUUUUACGGCAAUGGUCACGACAUCGGCAUGUUUCAUUCAAAACGAAUUAAAGUCAUAUCAAAACCAUCGAAGAAGAAACAAUCAUUGAAAAAUGCCGAUCUAUGCAUAGCAAGUGGAACAAAUGUAGCGCUAUUCAAUCGGCUUCGUUCACAAACUGUGUCCACACGAUAUUUACAUGUGGAAAAUGGACAUUUUCAUGCGAGCUCAACGCAAUGGGGCGCUUUCAAAAUUCACUUACUCGACGACAACGAAAGCGAAUCGGAAGAGUUUCUUGUGAAGGAUGGUUAUGUUCAUUAUGGUGCAACAGUGAAACUAGUCUGUUCGGUAACGGGUAUGGCAUUACCUCGUUUAAUUAUAAGAAAAGUCGACAAGCAAAUGGCAUUGCUCGAAGCCGACGAUCCCGUUUCGCAGCUUCAUAAAUGUGCAUUUUAUAUGAAAGACACGGAACGCAUGUAUUUGUGUUUGUCACAAGAAAAAAUCAUUCAAUUUCAAGCGACACCGUGUCCAAAAGAGCCAAACAAAGAAAUGAUUAACGAUGGCGCAUGCUGGACUAUCAUAUCCACCGAUAAAGCUGAAUAUCAAUUCUACGAAGGAAUGGGACCCGUACGGUCGCCAGUAACUCCUGUGCCAAUUGUGAACUCAUUGAAUUUGAAUGGUGGCGGCGAUGUUGCGAUGCUCGAACUCACUGGUGAUAAUUUUACACCGCACCUACAGGUUUGGUUUGGUGACGUUGAAGCUGAGACUAUGUACAGAUGUGCCGAAACUUUGCUGUGCGUUGUACCCGAUAUUCAAGAAUUCCGCGGUGAAUGGCUCUGGGUGCGUCAGCCCAAGCAAGUGCCAAUUUCGCUCGUUAGAAAUGACGGAAUAAUUUAUGCAACCGGAUUAACGUUUACGUAUACACCGGAGCCAGGACCGCGUCCACAAUGUGCGCCGGUUAGUGAAUUGGUGCGAGGUCGUACAACAAAUAACAGCACCAACAGCAACAACAACAAUAAUAACACUAGCAAUUCAAGCGUCACACAAAAUGCGCUGCCAUCUAUUUCAAAUGUAGCGUGGAAUUCACAUUCCGGCCUAUCAUAGACUUGAGCUUUAUAGAAACAAAAGACAUUUGUUUUAUAUUAUUCUUUUCCAUUUGCAUCGAUUAUUUUUUUUUUGUUCUUCGCUGAUAUUCGCGACCAAAAGAGAUUCAUAUUUCCCUUUUUUGCUGUCGACUUUCGGAUUAAAAUGGUAUCUCAAGCAAUUUGUUGAAUGUAUUUUGUGAACAUGAUGAGUAGGUACGCGCAUCACCCUAUUUUUUAAUUAUAAAAUUGUAAUCUUUUUAUUCACAAUCACUCGUAUUUUUGUUACAAGACACAAAGAUGCAACAAAUUUACUGAACAAAAAACAACAUCAACUAGAUUUAAUUGUAUUAUAAAGGCAAAUAUCAUUUUAGAUAUUGACAUAUAUAGAUAUUUUCAAGAGCGAGAUUCUAAUGAUUUUUGUUUCUCUGUAUUUCAUCAUUUCUUAUUGUAUAUGUAUUCAAUCAGUAGAUAUUUUUUUAUUUGUAUUUACUCGUAUUUAAUCUCAAAAAGUCUCAAAACAUUUCAAGGAACUUGAUAGCUUAUGAACAAAUUUUUAUUCGAUCAUAUUUUAUUUUCCUUCACAAAUUUUCUCGCAUAUAUAUUUUUAGUAGUCACAAACGUCAUUGAAUUUAAUUUAGAAAUUUUACAAGAUAAAAUUGUAUUACAUCGCGUUAACGACGCAAAACAACGCAAAACGUUUUUUUUUGUUUUCAAUUUAGAAACAUUUAUCGAGACUCAACCGAUUCAAGACGUAUCAAAAAGAACAAUUAAGAUUUUUUUUUGUUUCUCUUUACACUUUACUAUCAUUAUUUUGUGUCUGUAUGUUCAUAAUUUGCCGUGUGAUCGACUGUCCGUCUGAUAGAUAAGCCAAAUGAAUUGUUUUUGGUGCAGUGUCUGGUGGCAUUGAACAUUUUCAAAACGUUUUCGCAACCAUUUUAUGAAACGGAUGCUGUGAUCGCUAUCGAUUUACCUCGAAUCAAACAUGUACUUCAGUGCACACAUCUCUCUAUUUUAACGCAUCAUUUCGAUAACACUCAACAAACAUAUGAAUGUAAUCAUCUACUUGAAUUUACAUCGAUGAAAGAAAAUAACAAAUAGAAAUACGAAUUUUCAUGAAUUAACUCUCAAAAUGUAGAAUUUAUAAUAGCCUUGUGCGACCAAGCGAUCACACACACACACACACACACCCACAGCAAAUUCGAAAUAACUUUCGAAAUAAAAAACAACAAAAAUAUCAUAGAACAAAACCAAUUGCCAAAUUUAUUGACAAAGAACGAGAUAAAUUUUAAUCAUUUUUAUACAGAAUGGAAAACUAUAUAUUCUUAAGAAAAUGAUUUGAUUUUAAUAGAAAUUAAGCAUAUCAACACCCAUUCCUGACUGUAAUGAUCAAAUGAUGGAAAGAAAAUAUUCAUUUUUUUUAAGUAAAAAUACAUGAAUUUAUAAAUCAAAAGCAAAACAAA